CUAAGAGCCAUGGCUUCUGCACUCAACACCUUCGUGUCACCAUGAAGUGGCAUUAAGCUUAGCUAUGGUUGCUGCUCGCACCUUUUACUGGUGUUUUUGCCAAAAACUUGCGAAGACAUGGACCUUGUAGCUGCUGGCAUGCGAAUCAAUCCAAGUGCUUGCGGUCAUGAGUUGAGAAUUAGAAAAGAAUUAAAUUUUUUCAUAUUGGGCCGGAGAAUAGAUUGAGCCCGAGAGUGUGGUCACAUCGGCUGUGUUAGGGAAUAAAGAAAUUCUAAGAGCGCUUAGAUAAAUACUGAUAUUUUUGCUGUAUGAGCUGAGCUUCACGGGCCCUUUCCUGGAUCUAUAUAAGUAAGAUGCAUUUGCUUUCAGUCUUUAUGUUACAAUCUCUAGUUCAAACAGCUGGUCUCUGAUGGAUUACCCUGUCCAUGGCUCAUUUCCUUCUUUUGACCAUCUGUUUAUGAUAGGGGAUUCCUUUUAAUCUCUCUGUUACUCCUUGAGGGUGCAACUCAACCCUCCCUUUCCAAGUCAAUGUAGGGAUGGCUGUUGCAGUAAAAGAACUUUUCCAUCUAUGUUCUAGAUGUGGUACAUCCUAAUCAAUACCUAGACUUUUUGGGCUAGAUUCCUACUUCUCCCUUUUGGCCUUGCCUAUAAAUAAAAAGAAAGGAGAAAGCCGUUGUGGUGACUGGUUAAGCAUAGACAUUUUUAGAGUUCAUCACCAAAUAAAUGGAUGACGUUUGAUGUUUUCUGUUUCUCCUUGUUCAAAUUGUUAUAUUUUCUGCAUUCAUUUCCAAGUUUGCAGGAUCAAAUGUAGUAAGCGACAGUUCCUUCUUUCAGAAAGUCAAGUAAGAAUAUGUUCUUCCUGCCUUUGAGUUUCAUUACUCAAACUGCAAUUUCUGUCCUCUUAACCUUAGCUCUACGCAAUUCUUAUAGGUGAAUUUUUAGCAAAGUUCCUUUUAAAAUCUUCUUUCCUCUACAUGCAGAGCCAGAUGCAGAAACUGGGACAGAAACAGCAAAUGAUGGUGGAUAUCAUGUUGUGGCAUUCUCAUAUGGAAAACCCGACAAUGCCACGGAUCAGAAGACAACAGCUGCUGAUACUGGAUACCGCCCUCCAUUCCCGGUUCCAGAAUAUUUGCUUCAGAACAUGAUGCUUGGAGCAAGGCUGGAGUUCAUCUGAGCCAAGGUUGCCAUUCUUGGGCACCUUGUUUUCUUAUGAUGUCAUGAGCAAAGGGCCUCGCAGGUGGGCUUAGAAUGAUAGUACUUUUCCUGCAUUAUCUGGAACCUUACCCACGUCGGAGCUUAUCUCAUGAAGCGCAUCGUCAUUGAGUUUUAUUUCUUGAUCUUUGUGGUGACUUACGUGAAAUUUAGUGCCUCCAACUGAGAAGGUACAUCAGAUCAUUGCAAGAACUGCUAUGUUUGUUGGUAAACAUGGUGGGCAGUCGGAGAUUAUUUUGAGGGUGAAACACGGUGACAACCCAACGUUUGGGUUCUUGAUGCCGGAUCAUCAUCUUCAUCCAUACUUCCGGUUUCUUGUUGAUCACCAAGAACUUCUUAAGUCCGAUGCAGAAGAAAAAUCUUUAGAAGGUGAGAAUACAGAGGAUGGUGGGCAGGAAGAUGCUGGUGGUGCACUGUCUUUGCUCGGUGCUACAUAUGGGUCCGGAGAGGAUGAAGAUGAAACAACUGAGCUGAAACCUGAACUUGAAGAAGACAGGCCUAAGAAAGUCAAUGUUGUUACUGAGCUCAGUUCUGAUGGAUUGGACUGUAAAGAGUCAUCCACUGAUGUAACUGGGAAGGAAAGAUCAAUUCCCAAACAUCCACCAAAUUCAUCUAUGAAAGAAAAAGCUUCUGCAGUUAAAAAGAACCGCUCAACUUCUACAGUUAAAGCCGGAGCUGAAUGUGCAACAAAAAAAGGUGGCGAAACAUUGUCCAGUACUGCUUCUAUGAAGUCUUCUUCUUUACCAAGUUCAAAGAAAGUUGAGCAACCUCUUUUGGAGCCUCCUUCUGAUGUAAAGCGAUUGGUGAAUAAAAUAGUGGAGUUCAUUGUGAAAAAUGGAGAGGCAUUUGAAUCCGUUCUCAUUGAGCAAGAUAAAAAUAAUGGGAGGUUUCCCUUUCUUCUGCCGUCUAAUCAGUAUUAUCAUUAUUAUUUGAAAGUGCUUCAAAAAGCUCAACAGUCAAAGUUACUAGGAAAUAAAUCGAGUUCGGAGAAGACUGAUGCAGCAGUUCAUGUGGUGGAAAAGAAUGCUGCACUCUCAAAGGACAGCGAUAGUCAAUCAGUUGGACCAGACAUACCAUAUGAGUCAGACCGCAAAGGGAAGUUUAAGAUGGUAAUUGGCAAGAGUAAGAAGGAUGGUCAGGAUCAACCUUCCAGAGACCACCAACAGCAGAUAGGGGUAAGUGUUGAUGCAGCUGCAGCUGUCGCUAUACUUCAAGCUGCUAGACGGGGAAUUAAGAAUCCCACUGUGGGAAUUUUUCCAAAAACAUCAUUAGACACUAACAGUCAUGCACAAGGCAGCGAGAGCGGAGAAGCUUCAAGUUUUGCCCCUAUCCAAAAUCUAGAUAAGAAAGCUGAAAAUAAUAUUUCUCUCGCAUCUGAUGAGGCUAUUGCAAGGACUGCAGCUGUUGUGGCUGCAAGUGAGGCGGACUCCUCUGAAGCAUCAUUGACUAAAGAACAGAAGCUAAAGGCCGAAAGGUUGAAGCGCGCAAAGAUGUUUGCAGCCUUGUUGAAGAGUGGAGCUGCACCCUCAAAGACUCAAUUAUCACGAGGCUUGUCAGUGGAGCCACUUGACUCUGGAGUUUCUGGUUCGGCUGGGAUUCCAAUUACUUCCAGCCAGGAAAGGGAGGACAGUUCCUUUCCAGUUGACUUUGGCAACUCAGACAUAAAUCAGAAGUCUGAAAGAAAAACAUCUGGGAAUGAGCAAAAUGAACGACGAUCAAAGAGAAAGUACCGUUCAAGAGCAGAAAGACACAAAGAAGAGGAGGAUGAGGAAGAGCAAGAGGGGGAAGAAGAAGAAGAACGAGAAGAAGAAGAGAGGGCAGAUAAAGAUGAAGAGAGGGAUCACAAGCACUCAAGGAAGAAGAGACGAUCCCACCGUGCACACCACAGUAAAGAGAGGCAUAGGCAUCGGAAAAGACAUUCUUCUUCUAAGGACAAAGAGUCUCGGCAUAGGCGUAGACAUGAUAGCCCAGAUGAAGAACGCCAUCAGCAUGGACACGAUAGCUUUGAUGACGAGCAGCGGCAUCAUCGUCACCGGAAUAGACAUGAUAGCUCUGAUUCUGAGCGGCGGCAUAGCCAUCGUCGGAAUAGACAUGACAGCAUUGAUGAUAAGCUCGAUGGCUCUUCUGGGGACGAGCAUAUGCCCCAUCAUCGGCACAAGCACAAUGGCUCUUUGGACGACAAGGAGCUGCCCCGCGGCAAUAGCCACCAACGUCGUGACUAUGACAAUGAGACAAACCGUAACAAAUCCGGCAAGUAUAGGGAAUCUCACUCAGGAAGGAAGGAGUUGGAGGAAGGGGAAAUAAGUGCAGGAUCGAGCGAGUUGAAAGCGCUUGUGAGUGAUAGAAUUGCAAGAGAAGCAUCGACGGGUUUAUCAAAUACAUCUCAAGCACCAAGAGCGCCAUCUGAGCCCUCUGAGCCCUCUGAGGUUCCCAAUGAUCUUAGAGCAAAGAUUCGAGCUAUGUUGAUGGCAACCAUGUAAAUACUCAAGAUCUCGACUCUUCCAAUGUUUUCGUGCACGUGGCUGUUAAAUUAAGCAGUCAAGGGAGCGAAGAUCAUCAUCAUGUCAUAUGUUGUAAGAUUUACUUAGCCUCCUUUCUUUUAUUGAGAUUUUUUGUAAUCUCUUUGAGUAAUUUGUAUCACUGUCGACCUAAUUGAAACAAAUUGGGGAUCUGUUAA